AUGCUAACACCAGCUCUGAACAGUCAAAAUGCACUCCUUCUGGAGGAAAAGGAGAAGCACGAGAAGGAGCUGAGGAGCCAAAUCAUCCUUGAAGCUGAAGAGUUCAAGAAGGGUUUCGUUGAGAAACGCAAGCUGAACCUUGAGACAAGCAAGGAUCACAACCGGGAAAGGGAGAAGCUUUUCCUCUCCAACCAGGAGAAGUUCCACAAGGGAGCAGACAAGCAGUACUGGAAAGCGAUAUCCGAGCUCAUCCCACAGGAGAUUGCACACAUCGAGAAGAGGACGGGCAAGAAGGACAAGGACAAGAAGCCCGGGAUCAUCGUGGUCCAGGGCCCCAAGCCUGGGAAGGCCACAGACAUGGCACGGAUGCGCCAGAUCCUGUCGAAGCUGAAGCACACACCACCGCCACACAUGAAGCCACCUCCACCACCCGCCGCGGCACCCGCCGGGAAGGACGGAGCUAAGGCCGCCGCUGGAAAGGACGGAGCUAAGGCGGCAGCGACACCUGCUGCCAAGGAUGCCCCUGCCAAUGGCACUGUCCCUGAGAAGGAGAACGCCCCACCCGCCGCCGCUGCUGCCCCCGCAGCAGCAGCUCCGGCGCCACCAGCUGAGCCCAUCGCCGCUGCCUGA